AUGGGCGUCACUUGCACACGUGAAAAUGACGUUGUGUCCUCAUCAGCGGUGACACGUAUGGGUCUCACCCGCCGGUGCAGCCACCUGGAAAGCACAAGGCACCCUAGCACUUUCACAGGGAAAACCUCUCGCCGUCACAGGUCACCCACGCAUGCCAGAGCUGAUGUGUGUGUUGGAUGCGACAACUCGUGUGAGGCCCUGUGUGCGGUGGAAUCGGUUCCCCUGUCUGUCUCAGAGCCGAUGGGUGCCACUCUUCUGCCGUCUUGUGCAGAGAGGCUGUCCUCAAACCGAAGCUUCUGCAACGGCAGCACUGCAGAAACCACUGUACCACACACUUCUCUCGUCGCAGAUACACCGACGGCACCGAGGUAUUCCAUGUACCACAUCCCUGACGAAGAGAACGACAACGGCUACACUCUCACGCCCUUCAAGUCAAUAUACUGCCUACCGCGCACGGCGGAAUUAGAGCCUAACAACUUCCGCGCGGUGGUGACUCACUCCCACGCCGCAGCGGCAGCGGUGCCGAGCACGGAAACGGCUGCCUACAGUCCGAAGGGCGACGACGGUGGGGAGAAAAAAGGCGCCGUAUCACAGGAGACGAUGUCGUGCAAGGCGUUCGGGACGGAAGCCAGAACUUUUUCCAGGCAGUCACACAAGGCCCUGUGGCGCGGCUUCUCCUUUGGCAUCGCGUCCGACUGCACUGAUGACUUAGUGUGGAGGCACGCGGACGAAACGUCGUGCAUGUCGAGCGUCGAAUCCGGCCUCGUGCUGCAGCCGGAGAGCCGCACCGACUCGGCGUCGUGUUGGGAGGUCUCUUCGAUAUUUCCGCGGGCAACCAUCUGCACAGAAGCGGAUGAGAGUUCUAGCACCGUGCUCACCAGCCAGAGCACGCUGUCACGGCGGCAUACCUUUGGUGUCAUGAUGCCAACAGGCCAUAGCCAAGUAGUGGAACACACGGAAGACGGCGGCGCCUGGGAGCCUGCGCUCGCUUCCCCUAGUGUAUGCCUUGAUGCGCGUCGCUCAUGGCAGAAGCAGAAGGGCUCCAUGACCGUCACGAAUGUCGUAGAGGAGGAAGAGGGGCAAGGAGGCGCCUUCGCUCUGCAGGACCGUCACCACCACCGUCAUCACGUCGGCAGGCACUAUCACCUGGCGAGGGCACCUGCCGUGGUACCGCCAUGCGCCUCAUCACACGCCCGAUCGAAAGUCGGCAGGCAGUGGCCGCAGCCCAUCAUGGAAGGACCCAAGAGCAACCUUUCGCGCAGUCGCCCUUUCAACGUGGAGGCAACGCUGGGUUACUCGGCGCGAAGUGCCCGUUUUGUGCCAUCUCCCGACUGGGGGCGCAUCUGCGUGAGCGAGGAAGAGAAGCGGCGACUGACGCAGGUCCUUGUGGCUCAACAGCAGCAUGCAAAGAAGUGGAAGCGCGCGCAGGCGGCGCGCUGGAACUUCGUCAGCUUGUGA